AUGGAUAAUCAAUGGGAUACAAGAAGCUAUAAGAAACUGCUGUCUGAUGAAUUGUGUUCCGUUCUCGGUACGGUGUCCUCUAAAGAUCAGAUAUUGGUUGUCCAACCAAACAUCCUACCCUUUAUAAAUAGACUAAUCACCUUUUCGAAACUCACCAGUGAGAGUCCUGUGCGUAAAGUCGUUAUACUAGAUGGUCAGCUGACAGAAGACUUGCAGAAUAUUUUGGGCUCUUCUCCUGAACAGUUCAGUGUGGUGUUCUUCAUUGAUGUAAGGAAAGAUUUGACAGUACCAAAAUUGAUACCUGAGAUAGCCAAGACAUUCAAGCUCAAACCUGUCAACGUCGUAUAUAUGACAUGGGAGGCUCAACAGAGCAACUAUUUGAAAGAGUUGCCGCAUUUCAUUACGAGCCAAAUUGGAGAUGAGACAAAACUUUUCCCCUUAGAUAUGUUGCCCAUUGCUCAGAUUGAUGACGAUGUGCUAAUAUGUGACCUACUAUACAAUAGCUCCGGUGAGUCACUGUAUCACCCAAAUUAUAAGUCUAUGGAGGGUACCACUAGGGCAAUUUUAGCUGAUAAUAUGGCCAAUUGCAUCGAAUCUCUUUUACGGGAAACAAAGACGACUGUUACCAACGCGAUAGCUAUUGGUCCAGAAUCGCAGAAAUUUGCCAAGUUACUGAAAUCUCGUAUUAAUGCAGAAUCAACCUCGGAAGAUCGUUUCAUAAGGGAUACGCUGUACGGGAAUAAGUACGAUACUAAUCUGGAGACCGACCUCAUUGUCCUUGAAAGAAACCUGGAUCCAAUCACACCGAUGUUGACUCAAUUGACAUAUGCCGGUAUUGUAGAUGACUUGUACCAAUUUGAUAACGACAGUUUAGAGUUGAAGAAGAAGAAAGCUAGUUCUGAUGGGGCCGAUAUUGUGCUAAACUAUUUGGAGGAUGACAUAUGGGAGGAAUUGAAGUAUCUGAAUUUUGGUAGCGUUGGUCCCAAACUGAACCGAAUGGCUAAAGAUCUGCAAAGCCGGUACGAUGCACGGCAUGGUGCUGAGACUGUUGAUGAGAUCAAGAAUUUUGUCGAUUCGUUGGCGACGUUGCAAGAAAAGCAACGUCUCCUCAAGAUGCAUACGACUCUAUCCUCGGACGUUUUAGAGGAGGUAGAGACCAGCCCCUCUCUCUCAUUUAGUAGAAUAUUGGAGUUUGAGCAAGAUAUAUUGGCGGAUAAUCUGCAUCACCAUGAGGCUUACGGUAAGUUAAUGGAUCUUAUAUUUGAAGGCGAUGUCCCGCGAAGCAAGAUCAUGAAGUUGGCAAGUCUCAUAGCUAACUGCAAGGGAUCGAUACGGGAUAAAGAUUUUGUUGCUUUGAAGAAGGAGUUUGUUGACGCAUUUGGCGUGCAGGCGUGUUUCCAAUUCGACCGGCUUAUGGAGAUGAAGUAUAUUCACAUGAAAUCGAGCACCUCACAGGAGCGAAUCUUUGAGAGGGAGUACCGCAUUGUAUCUUUGUGGUUUAAUACGUUGCCCCGGGACGAUUCUAAGACCUCAGGGUCCAAUUUAACAAAUACGGCUACCCCACGUGAGGCCACUUUCGCCUUCUGUGGCGUGGUACCAAUUACCAUGAGAUACGUGCAGUCACUGUACGACCGAACAGUCUUGGCACAGCAUCAUUCCGCGCAGCAGCCGUUUAUAAUAUCGAGCAGGCCGCGGAUCCAGGGGUUGGAGCCCGUAUUCGAACAAAUAUACGGUUCGUCUGUCACCACGCUGCUGCAGGAACGUUGGGUUCCCAGUGCUAUCCACCAGUCUCUGCCGGACCAAGCAAUUGGCCCGCGGUCCACCAAUGGGAAAGCCGCGACAGGUGACGGCAGCGGGAACGACGACGGCGAUCUGACCAUCCUCGUCUUCCUUGGGGGUAUUACUCUCGGGGAGCUCGCGACGUUGCGUCACUUGCAAGCCCACUGGCGUCGCAGCAGUCAUAAUCUGCGCAAACGGUUUGUCGUGGUGGUAGAUGGACUCUGGAGAUUACCAGGUGUGUAG